AUGAUUGGACGCUGGCAAAGUGAGCCCAUUAUUUGUCUGAUGAAGAGCCUUCUGUAGAUGUUGCUUGUUCUUGUCUUACUUUCACAGCUCUUACGUUUAAUUUAGCAAAAUCUAGAUAGAAAUCACAGUGAAAAACUGGCUUGUAAAAUGAUCACAAAGUUCCUGAAUUUCAAUAAACCCACAUAAAAUUGUUUUUAUUGUCAUUUUUAAGAAAGCUGAGAGUUCAGCGGUAAACCAGUGUAAGCUUUGAGAGGGAUUCAUGCAGAUGGCAGUCAGUAAAUCAAAUAACUCUGAUGAGACUCCAGAGAAACAGUUAUUUAGUGAUUUUUAUUGUUUAACAAAAGGGACUGCAGCCUUUGAAGGAAGUCUCAUAUUUGGUACUAAUGGAGAGAAUGUCAAAAUGAUAUCAAAACUGAAAUAAAUAAUCCCUUCUUUAAUCAGCACUCAAAAUUGAAAGAGAGAAUCAUUAAAUACCCAACAGUGAUUAGAUGCCCUUUUUUGUUGCCAUACUUAAGCAUCUAUAUCUGUAUCGGUGUUUGCAUACGUUGUGCUGACUUUAGAGAUUGAGUCUCUUGCGCAUUCUUAGCAUGCCCAGAUUUGCAAAGCUCCGAGGAGGGGGUGGAAGAAAAAAGGAGGGAGGAGUUAGUCUCUUAUAAAUGCAGGCAUAUGCCCAACUGUGAGAGAACUCGCGCAUCCCUCUCUCAAAGCGAGAAGAGGUGAGAAGUGGACAGGGAGCACAGCUUGCCGAGACACGUAAGUCCUUUUUUCUUGAUGAUUUUAAUGAGAAAUCCUUGCAUGAGGUGUUUUUGGAGCUUAACAAGUGUUUGUUCUCGUGUUGCCCGAGGGAGACCAUGGAUUAGUCCGGUUUUUAUUUCAAGGCUGAACAGCAUGUGCAAAUGCAGUAUUUGAUCAUGGGGAAAUUCUUAAUCGUAUAUUUUGGUGACUUAUUUAGAGUCAUUUUAUUUCUUGUUCUCCAACGUGAAAACUUUCUGUGAUGUGACUUGCAUGAAGAUUAAAUUCUCUUUGAAGGUGCGAACAACAUAAAACCUGUGGAUAUGUCUCAUGUUACAAUGGUAAAAUAUGUAACAGUGUGUUUAUCAAGCCAUGGCACGAAUGUUGUGUUUUCCUGAAUCCCUCGGCUGUGGGAACGUUAAGAAUGAAAUGAAAGUAAAGGUUGAAGUCCCUGGCUGUGCCUUCUGUGACACAGCUCUUAACCCCCAGCCAGUUGCCAUGCAACUCUAACUCCUGAUCAAAAGGAAUUACCUCAACCACCAUUGGUCUUUCAAUGUUGCAUUAUUAGUGCAAGGUAAUACUGUCUCCAAACGUGCUUUUCACUGUUGCCCUGCAGAAGAAUCUUUCAUUUAGGAUUCCAACUGUGUUUCUUUUGUCCUUUAUGCGCUUUUCUCCAUUAUUCAUCACUGCUGGAGAUAACUAAAUAAACGCACAGCCUCUGAGAGCAGGAAAGCCUGUACACAUUGCACUGUCUUGGUUGUUUACCAGUGCCUAGUGAGACUGAUAUUAAAUCUCAUCCAUCAGUGAUAUGAUCAUAUUGAGGUGUGUGGGUGUGCAGUUUGGACCUGUCAGCUGCAGCUGAUAAUGAAAACAGGAGCAGAAACAGUAUUGUACUCAGCAUAGUAAACACCCAUCUCAUUAGCUUCACACAAAGGACAGCUCUCCCUUCAAAUGAAAGGAGAUAUGUGGGCUUUCAGGCUUUCCCAGGCAUAUGUGUUGUUACGUGUCUGUGCCUGCAGUUUAUCCAUCACAGCUUUAGCUAAUAAAACAGUAUCUGACUGUACUGAGUUGAUGUUUGCUCUCUGCCUUGUUGCAGGAUGUGGUUGACUCUUCUUUACAGCUGUACUGGUGGAGCAGCUCUCCUGUAUGCUCUGUACAGAUGGUUGAUCCCUGCUGCUGUGCAGUAUCAUGGAGGACUGGCACUCAUUUGGCACGAUGUUAUUGUGGAGUGGAUACUGGACACUUUGACCCAUUCAACACGUCCUCAGGUUUGUGUUCCCCUCCUACUAAAGUGGUCUUGUCAAACAAAAGCAGAAUUGAACUUUGGUCAUUACCAAAGGUGACUCCUUUGUAAUCUUUAAGUAUUUUCACCUGAACAUGUGUGGGAAGAGUUUCCUGAAAGAAAGAAAUGUCCUUUUGCUUGUUUAGCAUCACACAAGGAGAACAUUUACAAUGCUUUAACCUUUACCUACUCUGGGACAGUGUUUUAAACAUGCAAAAUAAUAUCACAGGGAAUUCGACUUUCUCCCUGAUGGUCUUGUUGCUUUUGAAACUGGUAGAAGUCUACUUUUCAUUUCAGUCUGUGUCAUAACCAGCUGAAAACUUUAAUAACUCUAAUAAAACACUGUCCUCUUAAAUAUCUUUAAUUGUUUCUGGUUUAAAAGAUAACAUAUUCAAAAUUACUUUAAUCAAGUUGAUUAAAAUCUACUAAAUAAUUUCCAAAAUGCUAAGAUUUGACUUCAGUUUGCUAUGAUAAAGAAAAAAGAGCCAAUGUGAAAACUCUAGAGAAGAGCAGGAAAGGUGAUAUAAACAUUCAGUUUAAAGAAGGUUAAAAACCGCAAAGUUACCCCAUUUGACAAAAACGGAGUGAGCUCAUUUUAGGACAUCUGCAGAGUCUCACUGUAACUAUAUUUGCAGUUCUAAAAUGAUAUGAGAAAAAAAUGAUAUAAGUAAUAAGAUAAAAUAAUAGAAAAAUAUAAUAAAGAAAUCAAAAUGAUUUAAACAGCACAAAGUGACCUGAGGAUGUGAGGAAACGCUAUCAUGAGAUCAUAAUGAGGAAAUGCCAGAGGUUAAAUAUUAAAUGUUAAAAUUUAAAAUAGAAGAUUGCAAAAAAUAAAUAAAUAAAUAAAUAAAGUGAUAUACUAAAUAGAAUAAUGAAACAUUAAAAACUGAAUAAGCGAAUAAAAAUACCUUAAAAGAUCAAAUAAAAAAUACUAGAAAGGAUUAAAUACUGUAAAGUCAGAUGCAAUAAUAAAACAGUAUAAGAAAAGGAUACAGAUCAAUGUGAAAUAUUAAAACUUAAAAAAUAUAGAUAAAGAGAUGAUAGAUGAAGAUAAGUAAAACUCUAAGUAUUCCCUUGAAAGCUGAAAAAUUCCUCUGCCAUACAUGAAUCAUGUCUAAAAUACAGUUAAAAUGGGUCUCAAUUGAUUCUGGGUUGUCAGGAGAUAAGGCAAUAUAGAGUUGGGUGUCAUCUGCAUAGCUGUGGAAGGUGAUGCCUCCUGAGGACUUUUCCCAACAGUAACAUGUAGAGGUUAAUAAGUGUAUGACCUAAAUUGAACCUAAAUUGAACCCUGGGGAUCUCUACAGUUUCCAUUAUAUAAACUUGAUUAGCAGUCUCCCAUGCUCAUAUAGAAUUUUCUGCCAGUAAGAUAAUAUUUAAACCAAUUCAAAGCAGGACCAGAGAUGCCAACAACCCUAUCUAAAAGUAGUUCAUGAUCGACUGUGUGAAAAGGCUGACACUUAACUAAAUCAGCACAAGGACUGAAGGCAUUUUUUUCAUCCAUAUUUGACCUAAAAUUAUUAACAGUUUUGACAAAAGCAGUCUCUGAUCUGUGAUUUGUCCUAAAACCAGACUGGUACAUCUCACAGAUGUUCACAGAUUUUAUCAAAUCAUUUGAUUGAAAACAAGCUUCUGUGACUCAUUUUAAAAGGCAGACUUGAAACUGAUCUAUAAUUUUUCGGUACUGUUGCAUCCAAAUUAUUUGUCUUCAGAAGAAGUCUAAAUGUGGCUGCUUUAAAUGCCAUUGGAAAGACAAUCAUCUGAAGAUUGUGGUUAACAAUAUUUAAGAGAUCAGAGCUAAAGGAGCAGUACAUGUUUUUGAAGAGGGAUGUUGGGACGGGGUCUAAAAGACAGGUCCCAGGUUUUAAUUGGGAGAUAACUUUGUCAAGCAUUUCAGCAUCAACCAGGACAGACUUCUCCAGUGUUUCCUCAUUAAAAAACACAGACUUUGCAGUGUUACAGGUUUUAGGCAGAGUGUGAGAGAAAAUAGAUCUGAUCAAAUCUAUUUUACUACUAAAGUGGACUGUAAAAUCCUCACAUGAUGAGUCUGUGCGCGAAUCAGAAGAUGGAAAAAGAGAAAUUUGGGAAUUGUUUGAUUUUCAGAUAUUAAUUCUGAAAAAUGAUCUUUUCUUGCUUGUUUGAGUGCCCUGUAAUAAAUAUACAAUUGUUCUUGGAAAAUUGCCUGUCUACAGUUUCUCUUGUAUUUUUUUUAUUUCUUGAGCUGAAUUUGUUUUUAUCUGUUCUACUUUUAAGGUGCAGUUUUGUCAAGCGUUGACUUUAGUCUCCUGCUACACCUGUCCACAUUAAAAUCACAGGCAGAGAGGAAAAUUUCAGGAGGAGUAUCUUUGUAAAUACCAUUGAAAUGUGGUGACAUUUCCUGUCGAUUAAAAUCAUUCAUUGUUAAAAAUAAAAAAAUAAAAAAUAAAUAAAUAAAGAGAUUGUCAGACAAGCCCAUAUCAACAUCUGAGGAGAUAAAUCAAAUUUUAAAAUCUGUCAUUAAACCAGUCUGAUUAGUUUUCCACCUGAAUGUUAAAAUUAAAAUGACCUAAAAUCAUAACCGUAUUGUUUUGAAGUUGGGUGAUGGAAAGUGAUUCUGAAAACUCUGAGAGUUUGAUGAGUUAAAUAAAAGUAAAGGUGGUGCCUCUCUCUCUCUCUCUCUCUUUUCAGCGGCUCCUGAGUGCAGUACAAAAGAACGCCACUAGAGGGGACCCUAGCAGCGUGGUCAAAGCCAUCGAUCAGUUCUGCAGACAGAAGGAGUGGGCCAUGAAUGUGGGAGAUGAGAAAGGCAUUGACUGUCUUUAAAUGACACUGUGCUUUCAUGAGUAAAAUCAUUCCCCCUCUUUAAGCAAACGUUUUGGUUUCUACUUCUUCUUAUUUUGCCACAGGCUGCAUUCUUGACUUAGUGGUGUCUGAAGUAAACCCGACUUUUGUGCUGGAACUGGGAACCUACUGUGGAUACUCCACAGUGCGGAUAGCACGACUGCUCCCCCCACAUGCCAAAGUCAUCACCCUCGAAUUUAAUCCAGACUUCGCUGCCAUUGCCCAUCAAGUCAUUGCUUGGGCUGGAUUGGAGGACAAGGUGAGGUCAGAUGUCUUCACUCAGGAGAAAGAACAUGACUGACAAGUUAAGAAUCAACCUUUUCCCUCCUCUACAGGUCCACUUAAUUGUGGGAGCAUCUGGUGACUGGAUCCCAAAAAUGAAGGAGCAGUUUGGGUUGAACUCAUUUGAUUUGGUUUUCCUGGAUCACUGGAAGGAUCGCUACCUUCCUGACACAAAACUAAUGGAGGCAAGUUUGUCAUUUUCUUUGUCUUCUGUAUUUCUACCGUGUAUCUCUCUAUGUGACAUUUUCCUUUUCUUUUUUUCACCAGGAGUGUGGCCUCCUUAGACAAGGAAGCAUCUUGCUGGCUGACAAUGUCAUCUGCCCAGGGGCGCCUGACUACCUGGAUUAUGUCCGCCGCAGCUCACAAUAUGAAAGCCAGUACUUUAAAUCUCACCUGGAGUACACCAAGGUGGAGGAUGGCUUAGAGAAGUCCAUCUUCUUGGGGUAG